CUCUCGCCCCCGUGUGGCCAGGUCGCAAAGGCGGUUGCCAGGCACCCAGAUAGAAAAGUUGCGGAAGCAGCUCUGGAUUGCGGGGAGUUCACCAGGUGAGCCCCACCUGGAUGCUGGGCCCGGCCCGGGCUCCCGCCAGCUCCUCCGCUAGGCCAGAGCGAGAGACCUGGACCAGGCCGCUGUCCAUGUGCGCCAGCCCCUCGGGUCUGCUUACGGUUCACAAGGACCUUAGCUGGAUUCUGGCGCUGCUGUCCCCUCUCCCAGGACUCUCAAUGGCGGGAUACCAGCUCUGGUCACCGUGGACUCCACUGGAUGAGAGCUUCCAAUGGCUGCGGCACACAACACCCACCCCUUCCUCUAAGCACCCCUUCAGGGCCUCCCCGUGCUUCCCACACACCCCCUCUGACCUGGAAGUUCAGCUGUGUUUUCAAGAGGUCACCCUAGUCCUCGAGAGCCCACUCCUGGAAACUGGAGUGAGUCCCAAGCUACCCUGUCACACAUUGGGGCUCCAAACCAUGCUCCACAAGAAAGGACUGGUCAGAAAGCCUCAGCCCAUUCGCCUCAGUGGAGUGGAUUCUGUCUUCAGCAGGGUCAUCACAGCUCAGCCACCGAAGUGGACUGGGACCUUCAGGGUUUCUGAGAAGUCAGCCUUCUGCAAAAUCAUUAGCAGGGAACAUCAGUGGCCCACUGGACUCAAGGAGCCUCAGAUUCAGAUGACAGUGACGAUGUGCAAACAGAUGCUGCGCUCCAUGCUCUUGCUGUAUGCAACCUACAAGAAGUGCACCUUUGCCUUGCAGCACUCCAGGUAGAGUCCUACUGCACCCCAACUCCUCACCCCUGCUCUGAGACAUAACAUGAACCUGUCCACAUAAACCAAGGUGACGCUGCCCUCGCUAUUUUACUUUUCUGUCCAGGAGUGACAACAGAGGAGCCUCCUUCCUAUUCUCUCCAAGAAGAGGGCUGUGAUAAGAGUGAGGGAGAACACUUCCACUGCACAGCUGAACAACUACUGACAGAGUCAAACUAGUACUGACUUGUACAUGUGAUGAAAACCAUUAAACCAUAUAAAUCAAUGAGUCUAGUAUGAACUUAUUUAGACACCAAAGACAUUGAAUUGGGAAUCAAAGAGGUUGUCAAAAAAAGAGAUGUAUA